AUGCUUGUAUUUCUGCAUGUCGAAGAACCACCCGAGGCUCCAGCUGGACUGCGACUAGGUGGUGUAGGAGCACGCUGGAUCAGAUUAGUGUGGGAUGCAAGCGCCGCUGACGCUCACUAUUCAGCUAUAUACACACCUCUGCACGCGCCGCCUGGUUCAACAGCUUUGACAGUCAACCUCACUAUAGAAACAACAGCGUUUGAUGCAGAAAUCCCUUCGGGUGCAUUGUCGGCAAUACUGUCUGGGCUGCGUCCAGCAUCGGCUUAUUCUCUACGUGCUGCCGCAGCGAAUCAUGUAGGCGCGUCACCACCAUCUGCACCCCUGCUUUUUACUACCCUCGAGGAAGCUCCUUCAAGUGCUCCUCAAGAUGUAAGAGUGCGAGCAGUUGCACCAGGAGAACUGCUAGUGUCCUGGACGGCUCCAUCGCGUGACUCUUGGAAUGGCGAAUUAUUAGGAUACGUGGUUACGUGGAGAGCGUUAUCGGAGCAGAUGAUGAUGAAGAAGGCGAGGGUGAAGAAGGAGCGACGCGGUAGCGCAGCGAUAGCGGGAUGGGCGCGCGCCGAGUUGACAGUGCGUGGGUUGCAUAGAUACGCGCGUUACGCGGUAUCUCUGCGAGCUUACAAUCGAGCCGGAGCGGGCCCCCCUGCUCCGCCGGUGUACGCCUCAACUGCAGAUGGAGUACCCCUCGAGGCUGUAGGCGGGGUGAGGUGCUCAGCAGAAGCGGGUUCGUUGCGAGUAUGGUGGUCACCGCCGGCACCGCCUGCUCCACCGCCAGCACCGGCGCUUGCUGGCUACGACGUCCACUAUGCUCCCCAAUAUGAUUCGCCAGCGUGGAAUGGUCCUGCGGGCGGUGGAGUGGCAGCAGCAGCGUCAGGCGCCUCAGGCGCUACCUUACGUCAGCUACGGCCAGCAACGAACUACUCCGUUUGGGUUCGAGCCCGCACUGCUUCUGGGCCCGGACCACCUUCUUCGACUGUCACUUGUACUACACUUGACGACGUUCCUGGAGCAGUACGCUCAGUUCGCGCGUUGGCAUCAAGCGCGAGCACUGUCCGCGUGUCGUGGCGUGCACCGCCACGAACACGCAUCAGCCACUUUACAUUAUACACUAAGGAGCGGGACAAAGUGGGUGGGGAAUGGUCGCAACGAGUCGAACCAGACGAGGAACUAGAAGAAGAGGGUGAGGCGUGGCACGAAGUGAGAGGGCUGCGCGAGCGCGUGCUGUACGAGUUCUGGGUGCGCGCGCAUAACGCCGCUGGCUCGGGAGAGCCGGGACGGGUCGCCACUGCGGCACCAGCUAGUAAUGCGCCAGUGCGCGUGCUGUCAUGGCCGAGAACAAUACGCGCGAUACGCGGCACCCGCGUGCGGUUACGCUGCGUGGUCGCGGGUGGAGGUUCCGGGCCCAUUCGACGGCGCUGGGCACCUUUGCCGCGACGGCACACUGUCACGGCAGCAGGGGAUCUGCUUAUACAUGAGUUAGAACCAGACUCAUCGGGCAACUACACUUGCCUCGUGUCUGGCGCGGAUGGGUCCAGCGACAUAGCGACAUGGAGAGUGGACCUUCGAACGCCGCCGGCCGCUCCGCUCACGCCGCGGCUCUUGCGCGCUGAUCACCAUGAUUUGCUCGUCGCUUGGGACGCGGCGCCGGCACAUAUAGAAACGGAGCCUAUAUUAGGUUACACAAUAUGGUGGACGCGUGAAGGUGCCACUGGUGGCACGGCGCGUUCAGCCCGAGUCCCAGCGGGCGCGAACGCGGGUGGAUAUUCUCGCGCGCUGAGAGGUCUUGCAUGCGGGGCGCGGCACAAAGUGUGGUUGCGCGCUCACUCGCUAGCCGGCAUGAGCAUGCCUUCAACACCACUGCUAGCCGCUACUACUGGACGCCAAGCCGGAGCGCCACCAGGCGCGGCGUUCAUCUGGGCCAACAGCACAUCGCUGCGGCUCAACUUGCUCGUCUGGCGAGCGGGAGGCGCGGGCGGGGAGCCGCCGUGUCCUAUCGCUCGCUGGACCGUGGCGCUACGUCCUGCUGCUGGAGGCGGCUGGUCCGCAUUACCAGAAGAUGGCGAGACUGCUGAGGCGGGUGGUCUGGCGCCGGGCGCUUGGUACGAGGUGCGCGUGGCAGCUCAUGGCGCGGCGGCAGUAACCCGCGCACGGUACCGUGCGGCUACCCGAGCGCGGUCUGGUGAAAGAAUCGGUGACCCUGUCGAGCUGGCAGUAGAAGAAGGCGCCUCGCCAGCAGGCGUCGAAGGCGUUCCAGGUGGUGACACAGAAUCCCGCACAUGGCGUGGCGGGUUAGCACCAGCGUUAGCGGCUGGGGCGCUAGCAGCGUUGCUGGGUGCUGGCGCGGCGGCGUUGUUGCGAGCUCGUCGGGCUUCGACCCCGCCGCCCGUGCGACCCGCACAUCCUCAUCCUCAGCUCUAUACUACAGAGCCGGGGAAGAGGAACGGGAAGACUCUUACGCCACCAAAUGGUGAGUUAGAAGAGAUCAGCCCGUACGCGACGUUCAGCAUGGGCGGCGGUGCGACCAACACGGUCACGACCGGCACGACAGGCGGACGUGGUGGAUGUGCGCUGCACUUACACACAUUUGGUCGCGCGUCGCCACUGGCGAUGGCGGCUCCACCAUCACGUCCUAACUUACUACAUCAUGCGCCAGAAUUUGGCGUAUGUUCGAGCGACUCCGAGUCGAGUGGGUCGCCGUGCGCGGCGUGCGCUGAGACAUAUCGGUUGCCCGCCGGCGCACGGCACACGCCACACGCUCAUACGCGAUCACAUUCAGAAUCGGUAUGCGGCGUGGAGUCAAGCGCAGAUGACACGUCAUACAGCGCGAGCGGGCGAGGCGAGCGCGCGGUGCGGGGCGCGCGCGGGGAGCGGGGCGAGCGGGGAGCGCGCGGCCGCCGCCGGCGUGAUCACGCGCCUGCCGUCAGGUAUGGCGAGGGCAUGCGCGGCAGGGGAAGCGACGGUAGCGCGUACGCGCGACGUGACGCGCUUUAAGCGCGCUGGAAGAAAGCUGUGAGCGUUACGAGUGAGCUGUAAGCGCGUUGCGAGCGCGUGGUGAUUUCUAGUCUUAUAUGUAAAUAAAAUUGUGUUAAAACUUUGUAAACAGUCCCAAUGUUGUGUGGCAAGGUGGCCACCAUUUUAUUAAAUAACUCA